AGGCCCUGGCUGCUGGAGGUGAACUCCACUCCCUCGCUGGCGGUGCAGCACAGUGACCCACGGGUCAGGCAGCUCAUCGCGCAACAAAAGGGAGGCAUGGUGGCGGACAUGGUGGGCGGGUUGCUGCAGCUAGGGCGCCGGUACGGCGGGGGUGUGACAGCAGGCAGCUCGGGGGGGCACCAGGUGGCGUCGACGGAGGCGGCGGAAGAGGAGCAAGUGCGAGAGACGCUUCAGGCGUUGUAUCCGCAGGUCUUCUACCAGCCGCACUUGCUGCAGCAGCUGGCAGCAGCCGAGGCUGAGCUCCGAAACCGCGGCGGCUUCCUGCCCCUAAUGCCGCUCUUCCCCACGCCCACGCAAGCAGCCACGAUGCCAGAUCCGUCAUCGGUUCGCGUUGCGCCGCAGCAGCAGCUCGCAGACAGCGAUGAUGGUAGCGCACGAAGUCAGCACGCUGCGACAGCAACCGAGCAGCAGUUUAUUUCGGAAUCGGAGGGCUACAUUUUGGACGCACCGUCGCUGCCACCAGGAUUCGGCCAAGGUCUGCCUUGGAAUGAGGCGGACUUGCUGUUGCAAGCUUGGUGCAGUGAGAGAGAAAGGCUGGAAGGAAAGGUGGGAAAGGAAUGUGUGGCCUGAGCGAGGCACAGGACUUGCCGAACAAAGGGUAGCGGUUGGGCCCAUCGCUUACUUGAACCUCGCUUGCACCACUCUGUUCGUAGCGAGCCGCACGGAAGGUUGCUGCGGAUGGUUUAUUUUAGACCGCCCUGAGCGUGCUGCAAAGGAAGAACUUGGCGCGCGACAGGGCGGGCAGGCGCUGGGCAAGCAUGCGAACUUUAUGUGUUUAUGAACUCUGUUGGGCCAGAGUCGCAACAACGCAUUUUCCGCAUUUGCGAAGCGGAGCACGACUCCUGCUGAUGACCCCCGGGCCGACUAGACCCUAAGAUGUGCAGCCUUUCCAAAGAGUCUAUAAAAAACAUGCAUGUUGCUCGUUAUUCUAUUUGUUGCAUGCUAGGGCAUCCUCUAACGCUUGCUUCGGGCGGUCCGAGACACGCUGCAGCGGACAGCUCCAGCGUCUCGGGACGCCCCGAUCUUCUUGGCUCCUACACAGCUCUUACCCUCCGUUGGCCACUUUUUCUCCAUAGAAGCUCUGCUGUGGGGAUGCGGAGGGUCCAACGCUCGCUUGAUUACGUGCGUAUGCGAUGAGUAAAGGCUGACCGGGAUCGGCUACGCUCCCUCCCUGGUCAACGUAAACGUACUGCUGCGUGACCAUCGUUGUCGAACUGCAUCCCGAGACAAUGGUUACUCACAGUUGCUUGCAUCAAUUAUCUGCUGCCUUCCUUGCGCAACAUAUGGCUUUGGACGCUUAAAAUUCGACUGUGGACUCGGCUUCUCGCUAACGUCGCUUGCAACAGCCUGCCGCUGUGCGGGUGACUCGCUACUUCGCCAGAUCAGUAAUUAGUGGUUAGUCAUAUUUCCUAUGCUAGCAAAGCCGAGCUGGCAACCUGCCCAGCGGCGUUUCACCGCUUGAUUCGCCGAAUCGGAGCCUGGGCUAAGCUUUGGCCUUCGCACAACAACAGCUUUCCUUGCUGGGCUGGCUCCAGCCCCAGCAGCCGUCACCAUCCGCCCUUUUCAAGCUACCUGCUAGGCCCGCCGCUAAAGGCUUGCUAGGCGAUGAACGGUUGCCACGACGAUUUCCUAGAAACAGCAUGCUAUCAUCCCGGCUUAACAGCAGG